ACAUUUACACUUGUUGCAGUGAAGUAUUUGGCUCAUGUCGUACAUCAUGCGAAAAUCUUUCCUUAGUGCAGCUGGCCACUACCGAUAACGCAAAUGGACGUGGGCUGCGUUUGGAGUUGAAAAAAUAUUGUGCCCCAAUGCAAAUCAGUUUUUGGAGUUGCAUGAAUCGCACAUUGGAAGCCGUUGCACGUGGCGCUCAGUGGUCGGGUAGACGUUGCUGCGCUUUGGGCUUGUCGCCGCGUUGCCGCAAUGCCUGCGCCACGUCAGAAUCGACGGCGCAACCACAACUAAUCAACGCGUGCCGUCAAAGUGAUGAGCAACAUAUGUUUGCUUGUUUUGAACAUCAGGAGGCUGGCGAUCGUUGUUGUAGUACGGCGCGCACUUCGGAAUGCCUACAGGCCUGUCGCGAUGUCUUUGAACCGCAUGCCACACACAAACGCAACGGCCACCACCGACUGCGCGAGAUGUGCCACGAGGAACGCGAGGCCGAGCUGCUGCAAUGCGUACACAACAUAACGGGCAUGAUGCCGGUGACAAACUCCCACAAAUAUCUGCCCUGCUGUGAGUUCUCCAGCGUAGACAGCUGUCGGCGCACCUGUCGCUCGGCGUUGAAUAGCACCGAAAGCAUAGACAUAAUUAUUGGCGAGCUAGAGGUGGGCGGCUGUGGCAUGCCGCUGCCACAUCUACCGCUUUGGCAGUGCUUCUUGACCGCAGAGCGUAAAAUCUUCGUGCCAGCCACUAAAAGCACCAACGAGCUAUCGCAGAUCAAUCAGAUCGGCAUCGAUUCGGCUAAGCUGCAUUGCUGCGAGAAAGCGGUGUCCACAAAGUGUCGGCGUCUCUGCGUGCAGACUUACUCAAACGAUUGGACAGCGACGCGCGCGCUUUUCGAAACUUCCUGCCUGUUGGAGCGCAACGAAUUGGAGUUGCGACAGUGUGUCGACGAAGUAGACGAACCAUGUGAGCUGGGCUGUGAUGGGCUGAGCUUCUGCACCAACUUCAAUAAUCGUCCGACGGAGCUAUUUCGCAGCUGUAAUGCCGUCGCGGAUGUAGCAGCGCGUUCCGAUCUGCAAAUGUGGCAACAGAAUGGCUCCGUCAGCUUGGAUGGCUUCGAGCUGCCCAUCAAGAAUAUGACACGCUGCGCGCCCGAGCAGUGGAAGGCUAUCGCUUGCGCGCUACAAAUUAAACCAUGCACGCGCAAUCGUCACUACAACCACAUUUGUCGCGAGGACUGCUAUGAGAUACUGAGCGAGUGCAUGGAUUGGACGCGCAUGAGCUCAGCGCUUAAUGCGGAAGCAGUAUGCGCGCGUCUUCAUCCCGAUGGCGAUGAUGUGCCUUGCGUAUCGUUGCGACCAUAUCGCGAAGAGAGUGAUGCACCUAAGGAAACUGGCGGGCACCAUGGACUGACAGCGCCCUGCAAGGGUCAUCCAUGCAACGGCAGUGAGGCGUGCAUAGCGCGCCGGAAUGAAAGCAACGCCUAUGAAUGUGUGCCCGGUUGUAGUCUCGGUGAGGCGUCAAACUAUUUGGUGCCCUUUGGCGCUUAUGUGCGCAUACCAGUGCUGCAGGGCGUGAAGAUGGGUGGUAUUGGGGGCGAAGGUCUGGUGGGCGCUUUCAAGGUGUGUCGCUGUGGCGCGCAGGGACGCAUCGAGCACUGUCAACCGUUGCCUAGCUUCUCUUACGCGAACUGCGUGCUGCCGGGUGGGCGCAGUUUUCGGCAUGGUACCUCCUUCUAUCUGGAGUGCAACUUGUGUAGCUGCUUUGCGGGCGAGAUUACAUGCACCAAGAAGCAGUGUCGACUGGCAGGCUACAAUGAUCCCUCUUACACCAGCCUGCCCUGCAACUGCCCGACCCACUUUGUGCCCGUCUGUGGCAGCAAUGGCAACACCUACCACUCGGCUUGCCUCGCUAAAUGUCUCGGCCUGCAGGACAGUGAAAUGCAGUAUGGUGCGUGCGCUACAUUGAGUCCGUGUCGUGAGGGCGCCUACAGCUGUCCAGCGGGUCAUCAGUGCCUAGCACAAGGCAAAAUAUGCUUGUCAUCGAUGCAUCGACCGUGUCUGCAGUACCAGUGUGUCAAUCUCACCAGCGGCUGUUCGUCCAUUGAAUCCCGCCCCGUCUGCGAUACGCAGCGACACACGCACGCUAGCGCUUGUGACCUGCUGGAAGCGCGCGCAUCUUUCGCUCACUGGGGCUCCUGCUUCAGCAGUUGCACCUGGCAAGGUCCUGUAUGCGGCAUCAAUGGCGUCACAUACGCGCACGAAUGUGCCGCCUGGGCGGAUUACAUCAUUGUAGACUAUCAUGGCCGCUGUCGCGAAGUAGGCCUCCUUGCAGCAGAUAUGGGCCGGCGCUGUCGCACUGUGAAAUGCCCGCGUCUACCAUCGCCCUACUGUCGCGGCGUUGUGCCGCCCGGCGCUUGCUGCCCCAUCUGCGCAGGCGCAUUUCGCGUUGUCUAUUCGCGCAAGCAAAUCGAUCGCGCGCUAUAUGCAGUGCGCGGCCAACAUAGGGAUCUAUUGACGUUGAAUAGUGUGCUGCAAGCACUGGACGCGCUUGUACAGCUGGCUGAGUGCCAACUCACUGGCUUUCUAACCAUGGAGGUGGGUAUCUUUGUGGCGCUUGUACCGCGCACGGCGGCGCCGACGCGCAUACAAAUUGAAGCGUGUGCGCGUGAAGCCGAACGCAUUUCUACGCUGAUCGAUGCGCAGUCGCAUGAAAUUACAACGAAUUUGUUGCUUUCUGGGCUGACAGUUUCGCAUUUGGUGGAGGAGAAUGUGGAUGGUGGUGGUAGGCGAAUGCUGGUUAUGCCCAGUUUGGCGAUCAUUGUGUCGCUGACGUUGUGGACGCUACAGUCUAAACGCGUUUUAUAG